AUGGAUCCAGGAGGAGGUAGUGUCUAUGCAGGUGGCAGUGAUGGGGCAGAGCCCUCGAGUGCAGCCAAGAUAGUCUCUGACGUAGUAUUAUAUAGCGUGGCUCAGCAGGUUAUGGCUGAGUUCGCUAGGAGCUCCAAGGAGCAAGGAGUCCUGGCCGAUUCCUAUCUUGUUUCUAGAAUGGAGCCCAAGGAUAAUGACUUGGAGAGUGGUUCCGAGGAGACUGCCAGUGAUGAGUCUCCAUCAGUGCCACGGGGUUUGAAUAGAAAGGGCUGUUAUCUUCUUCGUCCCCCCAUUGUUGUUUUGUUGCAGAAAGAGGCUGGAAAAGGUGAAGGCAAGAAGAAGGCCGAUGCCGGCGAGGACUCUGGUAAGGGCGCCGGCGAGGGGUGUCCCAAGAAAGUCAAACGAUUUGUCAAGAAUAAUAUUGAGGGUGUUGUAGAUGUCAAGGCAGACUGUAAGAGCAACAAAUUGACCGUGGUAAGGAAGGUGGACCCCACCAAAGUUCAGGAGAAGGUGGCUGAGAAGACCAAGAAGAAGGUGGAGCUCCUCUCUCCUCCGCCCAAAAAGGAUGCCGGAAGCGGCGGGGAUAAAAAGCCUGAGGAGAAGAAAGCGAAGGCCGACGAUAAGAAGCCCAAAAAGCCUCCGGUGAGUACAGUUUUCCUGAAGAUCAAACUGCACUGCGGCGGGUGCGACGGGUGCAUUCGCAAGAUAAAGAAAGGUAUUUCCAAGGUCGAAGGAGUGCAGGAAGUAACGGUAGAACCGCAGAAGGAUCUAGUAAUGGUGAAGGGAACGAUGGACGUCAAAAGCCUAACGCCCUACCUCAGUGACAAGCUGCGAGGAAACGUCGACGUGGUUCCGCCGAAGAAAGGCGGCGGCGGCGACAAGAAGGAUAAAGGCGGCGGAUAUAAGAAAUAUCAGAAGAAAGGCGGCGGUUUUGAUAAAAUGAAAAAGGCCUACAAAUUUAUGAAGUUUAAGUUCCAUGUCAUUGUUCCCCCCGUCAUGUUACAUGUAGAAUUUUCAGGCUGUUUGGUUGAUAAGUAGAGUAGGGUUAGUUCGGAGGGGUGAGUUGAGCUGUGUUUAAUGUAGAUUCAGUUUGGCUGAACUAGGUAAUUUUCUUGUGUUUGGUGUGCGAGUGUAUUGGUAAUUUCCUUAGAGACCAUACAAGUUCUUUUGUGAUUGGUUUUUCAAAAUAUUUUGAUACUUGUUUAAAUAAUGAAGUUGAGUUGAGAGCUGUGUUAGAGGAAAUAAAGAUUUGCAAAAAUUUGGGACAUACUUGUAUCAAUAUUAAAUGUGAUUCGAAUAUUGUAAUUUG